CUCUCUCUCCCUUCUCUAUAGAUCUCAAUAAAUAUCUCCCUCUCUCGCUAAGAGAAAUGCAAGAGAGAGGAGAAAAAAUAAAUUAGGGGGAAAACCCGCUAGUGGCGGGGCUAGUUUUGCUUGGGGGGGAGACCAAACCGGCUUUUACUUCUCUCUCCCCCCCCACCCCUCCCCCUCUCUGCCCCCCACUCCCUCUGUUUGCUGGAGAAGCCAAAGGAUUCAGCAGCCUGGAAACCUAAUGUGAAAAAGCAGCAGCAGCAGCAAGGGAAAAAAGGGGGGCCUUGGACUGGAAAAACCACCAUUAGGGAGGAAGAAGCAGCGGCCGCAGAAGAGGAAAACCCGCAGAGCCCAGAGAAGAAAAGGGACUUAUUAUCCAGCAGGGAGCUGGGGGUUGGAUUGACCCCUUUGGGUGCUUCAGCCCUUUGGAGAGGGGGGAGAGGCAAGGAAGAGACAUUUCUAGAUUCUCUCUGAUCAGGAUUUGGGGAGGUUUCUCCUGCUGGAGCCUGUGCCUUGGAUCUAAGGAGGAUUAUAUAUAUAUAUAUAUAUAUAUAUAUAUUUGUGGGGGGGUGGACCUGCAACUGGAUUCGUGUGUGUGGAGGGGAAACGGGGGUGAUUUUUUUUUAAACCCGAACUAAGCGGAGAUCCAGCCAGGGGUGCGGAGAUCCCCUAUUUUUUUCCCCUCGGGAAAGGUGCAUUGAGGGGAUCGGAGUGGUUCUGGGAGGGAGGGUUAGGAGCAGCUGCAGCUGCUGGGGAGGAGGCCCGGUUGAGCAGCAGCAAAGUCAUCGCCAUCGGCCCCCCCUUGGCUGGCUCCGCUCUCUCCAUGUCUCUGGGCAGCGGCAGCCACAGCAGCGAGUAAAGGGGGGGGAGGAGGAGGAGGAAGAAGAAGGGAGCCCGGGAGAGUGUCUCCCUCCCUUCCCUCCCUCCCCCCAGCCGCCCCGGCCGCCUCCUGCUCCCUUCCCCUGGACCCCCCGGCCGCCCCCUCCCCAAGAUGGGCUGUUUAGGGAACAGCAAGACCGAGGAUCAGCGCAACGAGGAGAAGGCGCAGCGAGAAGCCAACAAGAAAAUCGAGAAGCAGCUGCAGAAGGACAAGCAGGUCUAUAGGGCCACGCACCGGCUGCUCUUAUUGGGUGCUGGUGAAUCUGGUAAAAGCACAAUAGUCAAACAGAUGAGGAUCUUACAUGUGAAUGGAUUUAAUGCUGAGGAGAAAAAAAUGAAAAUUCAGGAUAUUAAAAACAAUAUUAAAGAAGCUAUAGAGACAAUAGUGACAGCAAUGGGCAAUUUGGCACCACCAGUGGAGCUAGCCAAUCCAGAGAACCAGUUUCGAAUCGAUUAUAUCUUAAACUUAGCUAACCAGAUAGACUUUGAUUUCUCAGCAGAGUUUUAUGAACAUACAAAAACACUUUGGCAAGAUGAAGGCGUGAAAGCCUGCUACGAGAGGUCUAAUGAAUAUCAAUUGAUUGAUUGUGCACAGUAUUUUCUAGACAAGAUUGACAUAGUCAAACAAAAUGAAUAUACACCAUCUGACCAGGACCUGCUGAGAUGCAGAGUUUUGACAUCAGGAAUUUUUGAAACCAAGUUUCAGGUGGACAAAGUAAACUUUCACAUGUUUGAUGUUGGAGGGCAGCGAGAUGAACGCCGAAAAUGGAUCCAAUGUUUCAAUGAUGUGACUGCUAUCAUAUUUGUGGUGGCCAGCAGUAGCUACAACAUGGUUAUACGAGAGGACAAUCAGACCAAUCGGCUUCAAGAAGCACUAAACCUCUUCAAGAGUAUCUGGAACAACAGGUGGCUACGGACCAUUUCAGUAAUUCUUUUCCUGAAUAAACAGGAUUUGCUAGCAGAGAAAGUUUUGGCAGGGAAAUCUAAAAUUGAAGACUACUUUCCAGAAUUUGCUCGCUACACUACACCAGAGGAUGCAACACCAGAGCCUGGUGAGGAUCCCAGAGUUACAAGGGCCAAGUAUUUUAUUAGAGAUGAGUUUCUUAGAAUCAGCACAGCAAGUGGAGAUGGAAGACAUUACUGCUAUCCUCACUUCACCUGUGCAGUGGAUACAGAAAACAUCCGGAGGGUUUUCAAUGACUGUCGGGACAUUAUUCAACGGAUGCACCUUCGCCAAUAUGAGUUGUUGUGAUGGAGAGCACUUUUUUUCUGUGUUUUGGACUCCUUAUUCCUUAUUAAAAAAAAAAAAAAAAGAAAAACAAAAAAGAAACAAAAAAAACCCUUGCCCACAUAGGGUGGAAGAGAACUGUUGCAGUCUCCCUCUGAUUUGCACCCCUCAACUUUUUCUUCUUGCUGGACAAUAGCAGCACUUCUAAGCUUGCUUGUGUCCCCCUCAGACAGUUUGAAAUGGCACCUAAAACUUAAAGGCCAUUUUCAUGGGGGGUUCCCUAACACUGUUGUUAACAAAAUUAAUUAAUUAAUUAAUUAAAAGCCCUGAAUGUGGAGCACCUGAAAGGAUUGGGGAUAAAAUUUAAAAAGUAAACAAACAAAAUGGGGAGAGAAAACCUUAGGUAAUUUAGCACUGUUGUGGGCAUAAUCGUAUAACCCAUGAUCUCAACUUUGUAUCCAUUCACUGCAUCAGACAAAAGAAGGUGCCAAGUCACAGACCAAGUUUGAAGACAGACACUUGAGUUUGGUUCUCUGACUGUAAUGUGGCUUUGAACGGAAAUACUGACAAUUCUACAACAGACCUAGACAGUGCAAAAACUAACCGCUACCUUUCAGAAGGGUAUUUUUAAAUCCAGUCUUGGUGGUCUUAAGAUGACCAUGGACGUUAUGAAUUGAACUGCGUAUGGCCUGUGAUUGCAGAAAGAGUUAACCACACACUGUUUUCCGUUUGUCCACUGAUGAUCCUGUCUGCUAUAAAAAUCAUUAUCUGGACUUGAGUCCUCACGGUCUUUCCCUUCUUUUUCUUCUCCCCGCCCUCAUUUUUUUAUUUUACUGCUGGAUUAUUAUUCUUGUACAGACUGUAAAAUGUAUUAUUUUGUACAACUUUAUUGAAAAAAUAACUUGUAGAAGAUCUUUGUGCCUUGAUUAUGGCUGUACCUGUACAAUGAGCUAAGAUGUAAGUAUGUUUGAUUGCGCUGUACAGCUUUGUCAACCCUAUCUGCAGCAUUAGCUCAAGGUAGGGAAAAUUUAUCUGUAGUUUAGUUUUUCUGGUUUAUAAAAGAAGGAAAAAUACUGUUUAGUAAAAAACAAAAAAAACAAAAAAAAAAAGUACAAAUUGUGCAAACUUAACCACUUUAAAAGUGAGGUCUUCAACAAGUGACCAGAUGUUGCAGCAUCAUGCUUUUUAAUUUUUAGCUUUAAUUCAUUUAAAUCUCUAUCCAAAUGCAAAACAUGGCUUGUUUCUACAUAAACCAAAUUUUGCUACAAA